AUGAAAACGGAGGAUGAGACAAAUAACAAGUUGGAUAUGAGCUUAGAUGAAAUUAUUAAAUUGGAUAAGAAAGAAGCUCGUAAAAAUAAACGAGUUCAACAAACGAUAGCUAUUCGUGGUAGACGCCAGAAUUUUUCUCAGUAUCGACAAAAACCUCGAAUAUCUGCUGCUGCAACCCGACUACGUGGUUUAAGGCAGAAACGACUUUCUCGAAUCAAUCGUCCUAUUCAGGGGUCUUCUUCUCAACCGCAUGUUUUAACAAAAAACAAACGUGUGUUCACUGUAAAAAAUAUCCGCUCAAGUAGAUCGACAGCACAGGCGGUCCUUCGCCGAGCUCAGAGAACCGCCGCUGCUGCUGCUAAGACAGCUGCUGCUGCCACUGCACUUCUUCAGCGCAAUCGUAUUCAACGUCAGCAGUUGUUUAAUGAACGAAGAAACAUUCAACCAACCUCUCGCAUUGCCUAUGAAAGACGUCCCUCAAGACGGAGGAGCGCUCCUGCUUCAACAGUCGGUUCCCGAGGAGCUUACAGUACACCUCAAGUCACUGGUCGUUCGUGGCAAUCAGAGCAGCAAUCACAUAGUUUUCAAAGACGUCCACGUCAUAGAUCCCUUCAGGUAUUGGGAUCACCUCAAGGUAGACGGACAUCGUUCCGUGGAGCCCUAUCCCGAAAUACUUCCUUACGCAACAACACCUUUGUUCGUAAUCAAAGGUGGGGUCAACGAACAAAUUUCCGAAGUAAUAGCCGAGGUCAACAACGUAAUGGUUAUACGCUUACGGGAACUGGUCGUCCAAACUCACGGGCUCGUAACGCAGAAUAUCUUGCUCAAGCUCGUGCCCUUAUCCAAGCACAGAAUGAAAACGCUCAGCGGUAUGAUCUUGACAAUCCAAAUACAUCAGUGUGGAACCCUAGAUCCUACAGCGCACCACACAGAAACCUGAACUAUUAUGCCAAAUAUUGGGACAACUAA